AUGCGUGUGAAGAAUGAUAUGGACGAGGAUGAGCAAGGCAAACUUUUUGUUGGUGGCCUUAGUUGGGAAACCACUCAAGAAAACCUACAGCGCUAUUUCAGUCGAUAUGGCGAAGUUAUUGACUGUGUGGUAAUGAAAAAUAGUGAAAGCGGCCGAUCAAGAGGUUUUGGUUUUGUUACAUUUUCUGAUCCUGAAAAUGUAUCUUUAGUUCUUCAAAAUGGACCACAUCAAUUAGAUGGCCGUACAAUUGAUCCAAAGCCUUGUAAUCCACGGACACUACAGAAACCCAAGAGGAGUUCAAGCUACCCCAAAGUGUUUCUUGGUGGUCUCCCAAGCAAUGUAACAGAAACUGACCUAAGGACAUACUUUGCUAGGUUCGGCAAAGUAAUGGAAGUAGUUAUAAUGUAUGACCAAGAGAAAAAGAAAUCUAGAGGCUUUGGGUUUUUGUCAUUUGAAGAUGAAGAGUCGGUGGAAAGGUGUGUUGCUGAGCACUUCGUCAAUUUGAGUGGCAAACAGGUGGAAAUUAAAAAAGCUGAACCAAGAGAUUCCAACAAAAUGAAUGACAACACUGGAGGAAGCUCAUGGGGUCCACAACAGGGUGGCCACAUGGGGAUGGGUGGUGGGAUGGGGAUGGGGAACCCCAGUGGUGGAAUGGGCGGCCCAAUGGGAGGCAUGGGUCCGAUGGGCCCUAGCAACAUGAUGCAAGGCUACCAAGGGUGGGGAUCGACGCCCCAGAGCGGUUAUCCAGGUUAUGGUACGCCGUCUGGACCAGGGGGUUACCAGGGUUGGGGAGCUCCUCCCGGACCUCAGGGGCAACAGAUGCCUCCUCAAUGGGGCUCUAACUACGGGGCUCCACCUCAACAAACUGGUUAUGGUUCUUAUGGUUCCAACCAAGCAGGCUACGGCAACAGCUGGAACUGGAAUGUUCCACAAAACGGCCCCGCGACCCAAGGUGGUCCUGGUCAAGGACCGCCCGGCCCACAAGAUGUUGCAGGAGACAUCUACUCACGGGGCGGUGGUGGUGCUGGCGGCGGCCCCUCGGGUCCUACGCCACCUGGAGCUGCAGCGCCGCCUAAGUCAACUGACUACACCGGGUAUGGUGGAUACACAGGCUACCAACAGGAUUCGACAAGUUAUGGCGGUGGUGGAAGGAGCUACGCAGGUCCUGAUGGUGGCGCCCAAGCAACCGGAGGUGGUGACGGCAGCUACGCAGGAGGACCUCAGCGACCCGCUCCUUACAACUCAACUCCGCAGCCUUACCAUCCCUACAGGCGCAACUGA